CCUGUCAUCUCCUAUGAUGUCAGCGGCAUGUGAACACUGAUAGGAGCCCGCGCAGCAGCCCCAGUUAGCCUUCACCUGUCCGCGUGCACUUCUUACCUGCACAAGUUUAGUCCUCCGAUUUGCAGGGUUUCUACAUCGUGGACACGAUGUUGUUUUACGUGAAUUGCAUCUUGCUCCUGGCACUGGUGACUUUUCACGGCGCCGCUGGAUCAGAAAUGGUGUUCCGUUGUCCGAGCUGCACCGCAGAGCGCCAGGCGGCUUGCCCGAUGAUCACAGAGCCGUGCGCGGAGAUUGUGCGAGAGCCGGGCUGCGGCUGCUGUCCGGUGUGUGCCCGGCAAGAGGGCGAGCUGUGCGGCGUUUACACACCGAGAUGUUCCAGUGGUCUGCGGUGUUAUCCCAAGCCGGAUUUGGAGUUGCCCCUGGAGCAGCUGGUUCAAGGGCUCGGGAGAUGUGGACGUAAAGUAGACACUGAGCCCACAGGAAGCGCAGAGCCUCGGGAAGUCAGCGGCGAGGUACAGGACUCUUUGGACAUUGGUCUGACUGAGGUUCCUCCCAUAAGGAAGCCCACCAAAGACAGUCCAAGGAAGGAGAGUGCUGUCCUUCAACACCGCCAGCAGCUGAAGACCAAGAUGAAGUACCACAAAGUAGAGGACCCUAAAGCGCCGCAUGCCAAACAGAGUCCGUGUCAGCAGGAGCUGGACCAGGUGCUGGAAAGAAUCUCAAAAAUACCCUUCAGAGAUAACAGGGGUCCCCUGGAGGACCUCUAUUCCCUGCACAUACCCAACUGUGACAAAAGGGGGCAGUACAACCUGAAACAGUGUAAGAUGUCAGUGAAUGGGCAUCGUGGUGAGUGCUGGUGUGUGAAUCCACACACAGGAAGACCCAUUCCCACCUCUCCACUGAUAAGGGGGGAUCCCAACUGCAGCCAGUACCUUGAUGGCCUAGAGAUGGAUCCCUCUGUGGACCCUCAAAACUAAAAAUAUCCUGAACCUUCCCAUCUUGACCUUCAAGCCUACAAACCCACAAUCAUGCCCCCCAAAGAGUCAGUGUUUCACACUCUCUAAACAAGCUACAAAUAUACCUUGUGUUUUUAUGAAUUUUUUGCGCUUGUAGAUUUGAGAUGGUUUGAAACACGUUACAGUUAAACAUAAUAUUGUUACAGUUGAAGUACUGAUAUAACUGAACUGAUAGUACUUAAAUUAAAUCCAAGUGAUGACAUACAGUUGUCGUCAGAAUUAUUGGCACCCUUGGUAAAUAUGAUCAAAGAUGGCUGUAAAAAUAAAUCUGCAUUAUCCAU